GAAACCGACCAAGUGGGUGGAGCUGAAGGGGCUAUAUUAGCUUUUGGCGAUUAGUAGUGAGCGUUCGUCCUCAGUGCAGGGCAACAGGAGCCAAACUUGACGGCAUGGCUACAUUUCUUCAACGCUGCCCGGCAGUAGCCCGGGAUCACCCAGCCUUCAUGCAUAAGGCCCGGGCCAUACUGGUCAAUAGUGCCCAGCGCUGUCCAGUCAUGGUGGCCAGGAGCUUGUCUGGUUCUGAUGUGGAUCUCAAGGAGAUGAAGGCGGCUUCCCAAAAUCCUGGGACUCCUUCCCAGGCCAAGGUAGGUCAUUGCCCCUUCAUGGAGUCGGAACUGCAGCAUGGGAAGAGCAAGAUAGUACAGAAGGCACGCCUGGAGGUUCAGGAGGAUGUAAAGACGUUCAAAUCAGAUCCUCUCAGUUCCCUCCUGCUGGAAGUCCAGUCCAGCCUGAAGAAAAAGUUCCUUGGAUCUGCCGUGUCAAAGGUCAUGCCUGAUCAGGUCACCCACCUGAUCCAGGACAAUAUGCCAGGAGGCAAAACUUUCAGUUAUGAUAAGUUCUUCGAUGCUAAGAUCAUGGAGAAGAAGGAUGAUCACACGUACCGAGUGUUCAAGACCGUGAAUCGCAAAGCUGAUGCCUAUCCCUUUGCCGAGGACUUCUCCGAAUCUCUCGCAGACAAGAAAGAGGUGUCCGUCUGGUGCAGUAAUGAUUACCUGGGCAUGAGCCGGCAUCCCCGGGUUCUGGAAGCCACCUCGGAGACCCUACAGCAGCAUGGGGCUGGAGCUGGCGGUACCCGGAACAUCUCUGGUACCAGCAAGUUCCACGUGGACCUGGAGAUUGAGCUGGCCGACCUGCACAAGAAGGACGCAGCCCUACUCUUCUCCUCCUGCUUCGUGGCCAAUGAUUCCACCCUCUUCACCCUCGCCAGGAUGUUGCCAGGGUGUGAGAUUUACUCCGAUUCCGGGAACCACGCGUCCAUGAUCCAGGGCAUCCGCAACAGUGGCGUUCCCAAGUUUGUCUUCCGGCACAAUGACCCAGCCCACCUGGAGGAACUGCUGAGGAACUCCAACCCUCAGACUCCCAAGAUCGUGGCCUUUGAGACUGUCCACUCCAUGGAUGGUGCCAUCUGUCCCCUGGAGGAGAUGUGCGACGUGGCCCACAAGUACGGUGCUCUCACCUUUGUGGAUGAGGUCCAUGCCGUCGGCCUCUACGGGGCACGGGGCGCCGGAGUCGGGGAGCGUGACGGCAUCAUGAACAAAAUGGACAUCAUAUCCGGAACGCUGGGCAAGGCCUUCGGCUGCGUGGGUGGCUAUGUGGCCAGCACCCGGGAUCUGAUCGAUAUGGUGCGCUCCUACGCCGCCGGGUUCAUCUUCACCACCUCCCUGCCCCCCAUGGUGCUGGCGGGGGCUCUGGAGUCCGUGAAGAUCCUGAAGAGCGAGGAGGGGCAGGCCUUGCGUCGGGCCCACCAACGCAACGUCAAGCACAUGCGCCAGUUGCUGAUGGAUAAGGGGCUUCCCGUGGUCAGCUGCCCCAGCCACAUCAUCCCCAUUCGGGUGGGUGACGCCGAGCUGAACAGCAAGGUGUGCGACAUCCUGCUCUCCAAGCACAACAUCUACGUGCAGGCCAUCAACUACCCAACCGUACCUCGAGGGGAGGAACUGCUGCGCCUCGCCCCUUCUCCGCACCACACCCCACCGAUGAUGGAUUAUUUUGUGGAGAAACUCCUGGAGGCCUGGGAAGAAGUGGGGCUGCCCCUGAAAGAGCCUUCCUCUGCCGAGUGCAACUUCUGCCGCCGACCCGUGCAUUUUGACCUCAUGAGUGAAUGGGAGCGCUCCUACUUCGGGAACAUGGGGCCCCAAUACGUCACCAUGUAUGCCUGAGACCAGAUUCCUGCCUGGUCAAAACCCUCCCGCCGGUAUCCUUCGUUCAAUCGUAUUUUUUGAGCGCCUACUGUGUGCACAGCACUGUACUAAGCGCUUAGUAUCAAUCAGUUGGUACCCAACCCACUGAGUCCUGUUUUCCUUGCAGCAGCCGAGUGUCCUGAUAUUUAACGAGUGCCUCCCUAGGGUUCUAAACUCUGAGGGAUGAUCUCACUGGGGUUUCUAAGAGUUUCCGAUAAUAAAGUGCAUUGUCCUGGCCCAAGGCCUCUUGUUUUCCCAAAAUGGAUGAUCAAAGGAAGAUGGGGUUCUAGCAUGGUCCCCACUACGAUCAGACCCCCUAAUUAUCACUCUCCGGAUAGUCUCUUGCCUACUGCGCUAGAGUACAUUUAUUUGCAGGUAAGGCAGGGGGUUAGUCACAGAAAUUGAAAGGAAAGAUUCAGCUAUAAAAUUCCAUAAGCCACCUGACAUACUUCCCGGAGCUCUUUCAUUCCCAGAAGACUUAUGUGCUAAAUGAGAAUUGCUUCUGGGUAGUUCUGCUCUCUGAAUUUUUACUUCUUCGGCCAUCGUUUACUGGUUCCUAUGUUUCUUUCUUCCGCCCAGUCACCUCCGAGAUUUUCCUCCCUCCAUUAUUCCUCUUCACAUUUCACCAAGCCCUUGUUAGAAAUCCUUGUCAUGCAAAUUUCUAUAUAGUUCCCAUUAACAUAUCCCCUCCUCCACUACCUUCACUGGUAAUCUGUAUUUAAAUUUUACAUUUACCUUUUGAUUUUAAAAGUAACCCAAAGAACUUUCUUUGAUAUAGUCUCCAGGUAUAUCCACUUCCUGUUUCCUUUGUCUGUUUGAAUCAAAUGUCCUAGAAGCACUGUUUCUGAAAUAAUCUGCAACUAUUUCUGCAAGUA